AGUAUCGAGAUGGUAUUAUGAUGGCAGCUGAUAAUUUGGCUUCUUAUGGCAAUCUUGCACGUUUCAAGGAUGUUGAGCGAAUUUGUCCAAUUGGUGACUACACAAUGAUUGGUGCAUCAGGGGAUAUUUCAGAUUUUCAAUAUGUUCAACAUUUAUUAAAAGAAUAUUAUACAAAUGAUAGCCACACUCUUUCUGCACCUCAUAUUUAUGAAUUCUUAAGUAAAGUAAUGUACAAUAGAAGAUCACAAUUCAAUCCACUUUGGAAUUCAUUUAUAGUGGGAGGAUAUCACAAAGGAGAAAAGUUC